AUGAUGAUAACAGGGAACGGGAGCGAAGCAAUACAAUACAUAUCUUGGCGUACAGUAAUCAUUCGAAUUUCCUAUAGUGCGGAUAGCAUUUUUGUUUCACUGUUUAGUUUGAAAGUUUUAAAUGUGAUUUCAAGUUUAAAACUUCGAAAUAUUGAAAUAAGAUCACUGUUGAUCUAUUGCAGCAUAUUCAUAAUUUGUACGGGCUUAGUGGAAAGUUCACGACGGAAAUUUCGAACGUCGGACAAUUUAGAAGGCAAUUGUUUUUUGCUGCAAGACUGUGAGCCAUUGUAUAAUUUACUUCGACAAAAGUUAGCGUCAAAAUCAUGUACCAAAAAGGACUUUACAUAUUACAAGCAAUACUUAUGCGGACCACUUCGUAAUCGAAAUCCACCUGUAUGUUGUCCACCGGUUCUUGAAAAGCCUGACUAUACAGAGGAAGAGAAUCAAAUUGUAACAGUGAUUGAAAACAAAAUGGUGCACAUCUCUCAAUCAAGUGGUGAUCGAACUGGUGCGAAUACUACAAGAACACCAACAAGAACAGUUAUUGUAGGUGGUCCAGCCUGCCUCACUGGCAUGUAAAUCAAACGGCACAUUGCUGAUGACGUCAUUGGCACAUAUCCAUG